AUGGAUAACUCGGGCCUUGAAGAAGCUGCACAGCAGUUAUCAGAUCUUGAAGUGGCUUUGUUUUUGUCGCUAGCCGCCCGAGAACACUGUCUGAUCGAGACUACGAUGGAAUCUAUUGAAGACGUCGCGAAAGGGUUAGCAUUGAUUUGCUCGGAGUCUUUUGCUUUAUCAUCAUCAAUUAUUGAUUGUUGGCCCACUACUUCUAUCGAGGAAGUACAUGACGACAUUCUGUCUGUCGAUGCACGCAAAGUCCUGAGCCGACCAGCAAAUCCUCGAAUGAAGACUGAAUCUUCCAGUAUGAUCUCAUCCUAUGCAGGUCGUCGAAACGGAAGCAAAUCCCCACUUCCUAGUGCAAUCGAUGAGCCAAAUCUCGUCAACGUGGUCAUUGCCAAAAAUUUCAAUUCAAGCAAUGACGAUCUGCAAGUCCAAUUCUUACAAUCCGAGAAUCAGACCAACUACACCCCCCCAAUCAAGUCGCAUUUGAAUGACAAUCUUUUCAUCUCCCAUUUCCAUGACCACCUGUCUUCAUACACUCACCAGGAAGAGGACGAUUGGAAUUCUGAGGGAGAAGCGUCCACUUCAUCAGUCAUUCACACACCUGGGCUCACCCCUGACAUUUCCAAAAAUAUAGGCCCAAAAGUCGAUCAACAGAUGAUUGAGGCUCUUCGUACAGCCUGUGAAACAGUGACUACGAGCGCCGAAGUGACUCGUUACAUGCAAGAUAUUGUCGUGUUUCUACGCCUGAGCCGCGCAGUUGCUGGGGGCAUAUCUGCGAGGGCAAACUUUCAAUUUAUCCAGUUAUCACGAAUGCUUGCCCCUUUGCAUGGGAUUGACUAUUUGACCCCUUCCAUUGUCGUGCUGGCAGCAAGAAAGGUGUUUCGCCAUCGGAUCGUUGUCGCAACGCCCGCGGAAGACCGGAGCAUACAGUACGGCAGCGAUAUAGGUGCUGUUGCUCAGGUUCUAGCUGAAGUGACCCCGGACUCAAUUCUGGACGGUGUUUUGGCGUUAGAGCCUCCAGUCUGA